GGAGCACCACAACAAUUAGCGUCACUGUUCCACCAUCUCUGAUCCAAGAAUUCGGAGAGUUGUAUUGAAUCCAUGGAAACUGAAACCUUCAUUAGACCCAACACCAAAUCAAGGAAGAAACAAACAUCUCCACUUCUAACUUUCCUUUUUCUCUUCACACUAAUCCUCUUUUUCUUCUACUUCAAAAACUUCAUUUCCCCUUCUCUUCUUCCCCUUUCCCCCAAAAAAUCAUUACCCAUUAUACCCCGCCCCUCACAAUGCAUUUCCACAAAUACCCUUGGAGAAAAGUUUCUCUGGUACGCACCUCACAGUGGGUUCAGUAACCAAUUGGCUGAGUUCAAGAACGCUGUUUUAAUGGCUAAGAUCUUGAAUCGGACCUUAAUUGUACCCCCCAUAUUGGAUCAUCAUGCUGUUGCGCUUGGUAGUUGUCCUAAAUUUAGGGUUUUGAAUCCUAAUGAUUUGAGGUUCUUGGUUUGGAAUCAUAGUAUCCAGCUCUUGCGUGAUUGCAGAUAUGUAUCCAUGGCUGAUAUAGUUGACCUUUCACCACUUGUAUCUUAUUCAAAAGUGAGAUUUGUAGAUUUUCAAACUUUUGUGUCCUCCUGGUGUGGUAUAAACUUGGAUGGUAUUUGCUCUAAGGACCAAAAUAUACCAUCUCUUUUAUCUGAAAGCCUUCGACAGUGUGGUUCUCUGUUGUCUGGUUAUUAUGGCAGUAUCACUGGUUGUUUGUCUGCUUUAGAAGAAGAUUGUAGAACAACAGUUUGGACAUAUCAAAAAGACGUUGAGGAUGGGGCGUUAGACUCAUUUCAACCUGAUGACCAACUUAAGAAGAAAAAGAAGAUUUCAUUUAUUAGGAGAAGAAAAGAUGUAUAUAAGGCUGUUGGUCCUGGUUCUGCAGCAGAAUCAGCCACUGUUUUGGCAUUUGGAAGCCUUUUUACUGCUCCUUAUAAGGGAUCUGAAUCCCAUAUCGAUGUUCAUGAAGCUCCUAAUGAUCCCAUCAUACAGACCUUAAUCGAAAAGAUUGAGUUCCUUCCCUUUGUUCCUGAAAUAAUAAAUGCUGGCAAGAAGUUUGCUCUUCAAACUAUCAAGGGUCCCUUUCUUUGUGCACAGCUCAGGCUACUAGAUGGACAAUUCAAGAACCACCAUAAAGCUACUUUUCUUGGUCUGAGGCAGAAGAUAGAAUCUUUGAAGCAAACAGGACAGAAACCGAUCAAUAUAUUUGUGAUGACUGAUCUCCCCAUGGCUAAUUGGACGGGGAGUUACUUAGGGAGUAUAGCAAAAGAUUCAGAUGCCUUUAAGCUGUUUGUUAUUAGGGAAGAAGAUGACUUGGUUCAAGAAACUUCUAAAGAAGUUAUGGCUGCGGGGCAUGGGCUAAAACUUGGUUCAAUUUCACAGAGUUCGGCAGGGAUUAACAAGCGUCGCCAUCCAAAAUCAUUAACUGAUGUUCUCUUAUACAUAGAGGAAAUAAUCUGCAGCUGUGCUUCUCUUGGUUUUGUUGGCACUGCUGGGUCAACAAUUGCUGAGAGCAUAGACUUAAUGAGAAAACAUGACAUCUGUGCUGGCUAAAUCGCUGCUGGCUUAUAGAUUACUAAUGUUAUUUACCCAGCUUUGUGUUUACCCAGCUAGAAUCCACGUAUUGUCUGAUAUUCUCCCUUUUUUGUCGGUCAAAACAAGCUUGAACUUACAAGUCAGCAGUGUCCUGUGUGAAUCGAUGGACUAGGCUGACAAAUUUGAAGGAUAAAAGUGAUCCAUACUGCUGGAAGAGGGACUAUUGGAUGAAGAAUCUGCUGCAUAUUCAAGGGAUUAUGAACACUGAUGGGUGGAUCUGUCUGCGUGAAGUUUUCUGUUCUUCAAAUACAUACUACUAACAAGGUUCAUCCAUUUGAACGGAGGAGGUAAUCAUAUCUUCAAAUUUAAGUCCAGAAUUGGAUACAAGAUCAACAACCUUCAAGGUGGGAAGGCUUAUUCAUUGAAUUAGUGGCAUUUAAUUACCUAUACCGUAGCACAGAAGAACCAUGUAGAACAAUUGAAGUGUACAAAAUGUUUAUCUAAUCUGUUGGAAGUGUUCCUUCUCUUUUCUGAUUACACUUUGUUUAAUGAUGUGGCUUAGUACACCAGGAAUAAAUUGAAAGGUUCUGCGCUA